AUGGAUUGCUCGAAUCCGGCUUUCGUUUCCCGCAAGAACGAGGUGAACAUCCUCGUGAAGAACGCCACUACUGUGCUGUUCGGUGGACUUGUUUUCUGGGCUGUCGGCUACGGCAUCGGCUUUGAUCCGAUGAACAACCCAUACUUCAGCUUCGGCAAGUUCUUCACGAGUGCUGAUGAAAUUCACAUGGGGCAACGGUAUUCACGGUUUGUCUUUCAGCUAGCGUACGCCACCACGUCGACGGCUCUCGUGUCGGGCUCCAUGGCCGAGCGCACCAAGUUCACUUCGUACUGCCUGUUCUCGGCGCUGGCCACGGUGGUGUACUGCGUGCCAGCCGGCUGGCUCUGGAACAAGGGUGGCUUCCUGGCACUCAUGGGGGCCGUCGACAUCGGCGGGUCGGGAGUCGUGCACCUCCUGGGCGGCUGCGUGGGUCUCGUCGCUGCCGUCGUACUCGGACCGAGGCUUGGACGCUACGACUGUGGGACGGCGCCGCUUCCCCUGGGCAACCCCACCAAUGCGCUGCUGGGGCUUUUCAUGCUCUGGUAUACGCACCGCCGUAGCGAUUGCGGCUAA